AAAAGAAACAGUCUUUGCCAUUUUAGACCUUUCAGUAACCCAACCCAAUGACCAAACUUGCAAUUUACCCUAACAUCACAGAUAAAGUAAACGAAAAAACAAGGAAUUUCUCAGUCGAGAAUAAUUGGGCUGUUUGAUCGAUCAGAAAUGAGAAAUUUUUUCCGCCGGAGAAGAGGGAGUGAGAUUUCCGAUUCUUGGGAGAGUGGCAAUUAAUUGGAAACAGAAGGAAGACGGAAGAUUCAGUUCGGUCUCCUCUCCGAUGAGCGAUAAGGGCGGGAGUCUUCAAGUGCAGGUGGAUCCCAAUCUGCCGCGAUGGAUGUGCCAGAACUGCCGGCACUCUCUUGUCAUCGUCGGAGCUGAUUCCUUCGCCGAAAAGUUCUUAAACGAAUCCUCUUUCCACUCCGUUCAUGGAGCUAACAGUGUGCUGGGGUCGACACGCAUGGACAAUUCCUUCGUCCUAUUGCCAAAUCAAAAGCCCCAACUGCAGGGAAUCCCUCCACGUCCACGAGGCGGUGGCGUUCAGCCUGGGAAGGCAAUGGAUGAAUCCUUCGUCGUCGUGUACAAGUCUGAGCCUGCCUCUGAUGGAGGCGCCGGGGGCCAGUUGCCGUCGCUGGAAGGAGGGUCCAAUGGUCAGUUGCAGCCCAACAAUGCCGGGUUUCAUUCUACAAUCUCGGUCCUUAAACGGGCAUUUGAGAUUGCAACAACGCAGACACAGGUCGAGCAGCCAUUGUGUCUCGAGUGCAUGAGAAUGUUGUCUGAUAAACUUGAUAAGGAAGUUGAAGAUGUGAAUAGGGACAUUGAAGCAUAUGAAGCAUGCCUCCAACGGCUUGAAGGAGAGACCCGAGAUGUUCUCAGCGAGGCUGAUUUUCUGAAGGAGAAACUAAAGAUUGAGGAGGAAGAAAGAAAACUUGAAGCUGCAACUUCAGAGAUUGAGAAACAGAAUGCAGAAGUAAAUGCAGAACUGAAGGAAUUGGAGUUAAAAUCUGGCCGCUUCAAAGAAUUGGAGGAGAGGUACUGGCAGGAGUUCAAUAAUUUUCAGUUCCAGUUAACAUCAUAUCAGGAAGAGAGAGAUGCAAUUCUGGCAAAGACUGAGGUUUCUCAAGCACAAUUGGAGUUGUUGAAGCAAACCAGUGUGCUGAGUGAUGCUUUCCCAAUCUAUCAUGACGGAGAGUUUGGAACCAUCAACAAUUUCCGACUUGGCAGACUUCCUAAAAUCCCGGUUGAAUGGGAUGAGGUAAAUGCUGCCUGGGGACAAGCUUGUCUUCUACUCCACACUAUGUGUCAAUACUUCAAGCCAAAGUUUCCAUAUCACACAAAAAUGAUUCCUAUGGGGAGCUACCCCCGCAUUAUGGAUAGCAACAACAAUUCCUAUGACCUGUUUGGGCCGGUGAACUUAUUCUGGAGCACUCGCUACGACAAAGCGAUGAAACUGUUCCUAACCUGCCUCAAGGACUUUGCUGAUUUUGCAUAUCUGAAGGACCAAGAGAACAACAUCCCACCUGAGAAACGGUUCAAGUUUCCAUACAGGAUUGAGAAUGACAAAGUGGAAAGCUUUUCCAUCACCCAGAGCUUCAACAAGCAAGAGAACUGGACGAAAGCACUCAAGUACACGCUGUGCAAUCUGAAAUGGGCUCUGUACUGGUUCAUUGGCAACACUAAUUUCCAACCAAUGGCCACAAUAAUGGCCUCCCCUCGUGUCGAUGUACCAGGUGCAGGCUCUCUGCACGCAAAGCAGCAGCAGCAGCAGCAACGUGGUGGUACGAGCUCAAAGCAUGAUUCUCGACGAACAUGAAUCCCAAAAACUACAGAGAUACUGGCACAGGAAACCAAGAAAGAGAUUUGUAGAUAGAAAACUGGGACUGCUAUAUUUCCUCUGAUGGUAUGUUUGCUCUGUGGAAAGCCAAUAUCUCCUUUUGUGUGUAUAUGUGUAGUUGAUUGUUCGGGCAUCUCUGUUUUUAUUCGAAGCAGGUAUGGUGUACAUAUGUUAUUCCUCGACACAUUUCUUCCUGAAAUCACUUCCCAUUUCUAUAGAAAAGAACAUAAGUUCAUUUCAGUAACUUGCUCUGCUGCAUUUUGUGUCAGUUUUUUGUAAAAUUAGCCUUCAGGCUUGUUGCAACCUGAUACACAAACAGUAUAGAGUAAUCAGGCGGACACCGUCGUCGAAACAAACCGGCGCCAGUACCAGUGCUGCUCCCAUAUCCCCUGCAUCGAGUCGAGCGGGAUCCCCUUCGUCUCCGGCAAGAACAGCAUGACGAAGAGCGUCAUCGUCGCGAUCCAGCCGGCGUAGAACAGGAAAGCUCCGUACUUGAGAUGGCAGAGCAUUGCCAGGAAGCUCUGCGACAGCGCGAAAGUGGUGGCGAAGUUCACGGCCUGGCUUAUCCCCUGCCCUGUCGUCCUGAUCUUGAUCGGGAAAAUCUCGCUGGGGAUCAGCCAGCUCAACGGGCCCCACGACCAGCCGAAUCCGGCGCCGUACGUGCACAGCAGGAUCAGCACGGCGACGGCCAGUUCUUUGCUGAUGUGCUCCGUCCCUGAAGCUCCGGUUCCGGCGACCAGCACGGCGGCCACCGCUAGCUUACAAACGAGCAUCUGGAGGCCACCGGCGACAAACAAGAACCUCCGCCCGUACCGAUCCACCACCGCCGUGGAAACCAGAAUCGCCCCCAAAUUCACCACCCCCAGAAUCGUCGACGAGAUCAGCGCCGAGUCCUUCCCAAAUCCGAUCGACUGAAACAGAACCGGAGCAUAAAACGCAAUUAUAUUGAUCCCCGUCACCUGCUGAAAAAACGGGAUCGCCACCGCCAUCACCAAUUGGGGCCGGUGCCGCCGCUCCAGUAUCGUCACGAACGGCUCCCGAUCUGCCGCCUUCGCCGCGCCGACGGAUCUGACCAGGUCGUCGAGCUCGCCCUCCACGUCGGCGCCGGCCCCGCGGAUUCGAAUUAGGGACUGCUUGGCGUCCCGCAGCCGGCCGCGCUCCACCAGGCUGCUGGGCGUGUCGGAGAUGAGGGCGGCGCCGAGCGUCAUGAUGGCGGCGGGGACGACGGCGAGGCCCAGUGAGAGGCGCCAGCCCCACGGAUGCUUCGACAGGAAGAAAUUGAGGAAGUUGGACGCCACGACGCCGAUGCCGAUGAAGAAUUGGAACCCUGUGUUGAAUGCUCCUCGCCACUUCGCCGGAGCCACCUCCGACAGGUAGAGCGGCGCCGCUUGGUUAGUGAAGCCGACUCCGAGACCGAGCAAGAUGCGGCCGAGGAUGAGCAUGGCGACGUUGACGGCGCCGCCGUUGAUGGCGCCGCCGGCGAAGAAAGUGAGGCCGCCGAGCACCAUGGUGUUCUUGCGGCCGAGGGCGGCGGUGACGCGGCUGGCGACGAGAGAGGCGACGAGUCCGGCAAUGUAAAGCGAGGAAGUGAACGCCGUCAGGAGUUGGCUGUCGUAUUGGCAAUAGAUGUUGGUCUCUGCUGCUCCGGCCUGCCGGAGAACCGACGGGAAGAAUUUUUUUAGAAAUGGCUCCAUUGUGGUGACGCCACCUGAGAUCCCAAUGUCGUAGCCAAAAAUGAGGCCGCUGGAGGCGGCGACGACGCAGGUGACCACGACGGAGCUCGUUAUCCUGCCGCCGAAGUCCUUCGUCGGCCCUCCGGUUGCCGGUAAAACUCCUACCGGAGCCAUUUUUUUUCUUCUUCCAAAGCCACAGAGAAAAAGACGCUUUGUUUUUGUUGUCGUUUUUUAGAGCUUGAAACUGAUGCGGGGGUAAAGUGCAGGGAGGGAAGGAGGGAGUAAAUAAGGGGAAGGAGGGAGUUACAAGUCACAUGAUUUUGGCCGUGGUGUUAGAGAAUGUGACGUACGGUAC